AGCAGAGGGGCUGAGACCAACCCAGAAACCUCCAAUUCUCAUGUGGAAGCCCAUGACCUCACCCUCCAUCAUGAAAGCCUCUGCAGCACUUCUGUGUCUGCUGCUCGCAGCAGCUGCCUUCAGCCCCCAGGGGCUUGCUCAGCCAGAUGGGAUUAAUACUUCAACUACCUGCUGCUACAGAUUUAUCAAUAAGAAAAUCCCUAAACAGAGGCUGGAAAGCUACAGAAGGAUCACCAGUAGCCACUGUCCCCGGGAAGCUGUAAUCUUCAAGACCAAACUGGACAAGGAGAUCUGUGCUGACCCCACACUGAAGUGGGUCCAGGACUUUAUGAAGCACCUGGAUAAGAAAACCCAAACUCCGAAGCUUUGAACAUUCAUGACUGAACUGAAACCAAGCCAUGACUUGAGAAACAAAUAAUUUAUAUACCCUGUCCUUUCUCAGAGUGGUUCUGAGAUUAUUUUAUUCUAAUUCUAAGGAAUAUGAGCUUUACAUAAUAAUGUGAAUCAUGGUUUUUCUUAAGUAGUUUUUAAAAGUUAUUAAUAUUUUAAUUUAAUCUUCCAUGGACUUUGGUGGAUUUUGAACGUAAAGUCUUGGAUGCAUAUGUCAUCUCAGUCCUGUAAAAACUGUGGGAUGCUACUCCCUUUUCUACCUCAUGGUGGUAUUGUAUAAGUUCUUACAAGAAUCAGUGCAAAGAUUUGCUCUAAUUGUUAAGAUAUGAUGUCCCUAUGGAAGCAUAUUGUUAUGAUAUAAUUACAUGUUUGCAUAUGUAUGACUCCCAAAUUUUCACAUAAAAUAUAUUUUUGUGUAACA